AUGGUGGCCGGCUCUCGCACCUGCAUUCCGCUGCUUGGCGGAAUGAUGUUGGGUGCUUUACUCGCUGUACUGUUCUUUUCGCCAGAAGACGCCGACAUAGGCGGUGAUACGAUGUGUCCUUCACGAAAUGCGCCGCAAAAGGAAUUCGUUGAUGUGAGCGAGCAUUGGACUGUGCAUCUGGACAACAUGCCGUCACCGCCACCGAAUCAAGAUGCGACUCCAAAGGUGGUUCGUGCGAGAUUUGCUGCCACAGAGCUCGGAAUCAGGGAAAGACUCAUGGUUGGCGUGCUGGCUGAGUCGUCGUUGGCGGUGGCGAUGAAUGCAUCGCUUGGUAGACAUGUGCCAAGAAUUCAUGUCUUUGCCGAUGCCAGUCGCAUAGAUACAGACUUAGCACAGCUCACCAAUCUCAGCCCAUACAAGCCGAGUGGUCAGAAGUCACAUGUUGCUGUAUUGGGACUGAUAUUCAACAUGACGUUUCAUGAGAACUUCGAUUGGUUCUUGCUUGUUCGGGACUCCACCUACAUCAAUCCAUUCGAGCUGAAUCGUUUCAUUAAUAGUGUGAACUGGAAUCAGCCCGUUUUGAUUGGCUAUCCAGCAGAAGAUGGAAGCGGUCGAUGUAUGUUGGACGCAGGCGUCAUUCUCAGCAAUCCAUCAAUGCAAAAACUUAUUCAACAGCGGCACGCAUGUAACCUUCUAGCGAGUGGUUCUGAUGCGGAUCAGCUAGCCUUUGAAAAAUGUCUGCAGUUGGCCACUAAUCUCUCUUGUAGCAGUGAAUACCAAGGCCAAACUUACAAUGUUUGGCAUGUAGAUGGUACGCAGACUGCUCAUGAUGCCAUAGAUAAAUGGCGAACCUACGACGGUUUCAACAAGUCGAUUGCCGUCACAAAGUUGCUUUCUGAUGCUGAUGCAUCCGCACUCCACGAUCAUUUCGUCAGCGUGGAAGUGGCAAAAGUCGACGCAGAGAUAUCAGCAAUGGAGACGGAACUCAACGAACUUCAAAAGGAUUUGGACGAAGGCCCGACCUGGCCGGCAGCCGUUCCUCCCUACAGUAAACCACCUAAUCGUUACCAAGUUCCUACAUGGGAGUUUUUCACGCUGAAAGACAUUUUUCGAAGUGAACCCAAUCAGAACGUUCGUCCACUGGAAGGCAAAGAUCGUGAUGAUGUGUUGGAGGUGGUUGCUGCGGCUAGACAACAUGUGGAGUCUGAGGAACCUGAUUUGGAGUUCUUGCAGGUUCGAAAUGGGUACAGAUUAUUCGAUCCUCAGCGGGGUAUGGAUUACAUGGUCGACUUGGUAUAUAAGGAUAGCGUUACGCAGAUCACUGUAGAGCGCCGUGUGCAUUUGUGCCGUAUGGUCGCCGGCACACAACUCAUGAAUCAGGUCCCAUAUGUGAAAGAGGAUACGGACAUGACGAUUGUUGUACCAGUAAGUGAUGAAUCGGAAGUUUUGCCAGCGCGCAGGCUUCUAGCUAGGCACGCAAGGCUGUGCACUGCACCUGCUGAGGAAACACGAAAGACUCGUGUUGUCGUCGCACUGUUACCUGGUAUUGAUCCUCGUUCUGCCACCAACAUCGCUAACGAUUUAGAGGAGCUAAAAAGAAGAUGUAAGCGCUCUGGACUGGAGUCCGACAUGUUGCACUUACAAGAUUCUUCCGACGAAAAGGCUCCACGAGAGGGAAAAUCAGCAGAUGUACGUGGAGGAAGCGCUGCUCUUGAUGAAGCAAUUGAUAGAUAUGGUAGUGGCUCGAUAUUCCUACUAUUAUCGCCACACGCCGACGUUCAGAAAGAGUUCCUUGACCGAGCUCGUAUCAACACUAUAAAACACUAUCAGGUAUUUUUCCCGAUUCCUUUCGUGGAAUAUCAUCCAACGAUCUCGGGAAUGGACGUUGAAGAGCACGAAGUACCAACUGACCAAAAAGAAGCUCGUGAUGCGGCAUUGGCUCGACUGCGUGACUCAUCACCGCCAAGACGAAAGCGCCCGCUCAUUGUUCAGAAGGAUCAUGGUCGCUUCGAUUCGCUCGAUUUCUCUUGUAUGGCUGUAUAUGGAUCUGACUAUGUAGUUAUGCGACCGAAGUUACUGGGAAAAAGACUCGAUCUGAUCACAGCUUUUUUGAAUCAAGACGAAGUUCAUAUACUUCGGGCUGUUGAGCCAACGUUGCGAAUCAGGUAUCAUCAAAAGACGUGCGAUUCUGACUUGGUGGAGGAGGAUUACUCAAGGUGUAUGGCAAGUAAACGUGAAAAUAUUGCUGCUAAAGAUCAACUUGCUCGGCUUCUCUUCCACGAAGAGUAG